GAGUUCGAUCAUAGAUGGCGCUAGUGAAACUAGCAGUCGUAAUACCACUGAGGAAAAAAAACACUACGUCGUAAUACUUCACUCCAAUAACAAAAUGCAGGAUGCUUUAGUCUAGCUAGAGACUCUAGGGGCUAAUCUGCAAUACACAACUGCUCAAUGUAUUCAUGGAAAACGAUUUAAAUUAAUCAAUAUUAUUCAUUGGCAGACAUGCUGUGGUUUCAAGUGAUACUAUUAUGUGCCAUUGUUAUUAAAAAUACAAACAGCAAAGAAAUACUUGUUAUCACUGAAUGUCAAGACCAAUUAUUAAAAACGGAUUUAAAUAAGCCAAUCGCUAAAAUAGUUGACGUUAUCAUAGGUUCCACUAUUCGUUUGGAGUGUAACAUAUGUUAUGUCAAAGAUGAUUACCAAGCCAAACUGUGGUACUACAGAAAAAGGGGAAGUGAUUUAAGUGUACAAGAAGUCGACUUGGCUAUGGAAAGUAAUCAGACAGAUUGUAAAAAAUCCAUGACAUCAUCGCAUAGGUUGGAUAUUCAACGUUUUAAUUUGGAUGAUUCUGGUAUAUAUGUUUGUAAAAGAUACAAUCUUACUGAUAAUACAUAUAUUAUUUAUGUUCUAGAUGGUAUACCUGAGAAUCCGUUUACUAAACAGAUAAAAUUAAGUCAGUGGACGGAGUAUGAACGAACGAAGUUAGAUACGCUUAAUAAUAAAUUUAUGAAAUCAAAAAAUGAACCAUUUUUUGGUUUACGUCAAGAUAUUGGGUUCACGUUUAGAUUGACAAUUGUUUGGAGUUCGUGGUCUGUUUGCGAAAUAAACACCAAGCAAAAAGGGAUGCGCCGGAAGUCGGGGAAAUGUCGACUUCAAGUUUUACAAUGUAAUAAUAGCUUAAAGAGUUACAAGACAAAUUAUGUAAACUACUUGAAUAAUUACUUCUUGAAAGAUAAUUAUGAUAUAUCGUGUCAAUCAUUAUCAUUGAAUAUAACGUUACCAGAAGUAAGCAAAAUAGUUCGAAAUAUACCGGAUUUUGAGAUCCUUGAAGCGUGUGAAAAGAACAUUUAUAAUCCGUUCGCUGAAACUUUCAUGGUAUCCAGAAAAAACGAGUUUAAGUAUAAAGUAACAAAACAUAUUGGAGAAAAUAGUCACAUGAUUUUAACCUGCCCUGAAGUAGGUUCUGAAUCAACCGUUGAAUGGUACAAAAAUGAUGAUCAACUAAACUCUUCAUUCCGGGAUAACAUGGCUGAUGCAGAAACUGAACCGUGUAUCACGAUUGAUCCGUAUAAUUCUUUAUACAUUCUUCAUGCUACAAAAAAUGAGGAGGCAUGUUAUUCAUGUGUUGUGGAUGGAGUGAAAAUGAAGAAGUUUAACGUGAUUGUAGUUUCCAAAUCGAAGAUAUUAAAUCAAGAAUUUAUUCGUUAUUCUAUUUACCUUGGAUUUGUGUUAUCAUUAACACUAACUUGUUAUUGUGCUGGUAUAUGUGUAGCUUGGCAUCGACGAUCGUCCUUUGCUGAUCCCUUACGCUCCAAACCUAAACAAAGAACACUCGAUGACUACUUAGAAGAAGAAAGGCUCAUUUCAGCAGGACAGAACGAGACCUGAGUUACUGGCACAUUUUCAUUUGUUUUUUAACGAUAAAUACUCAGAUAAAUACUUACCGAAAUAUACCUGUUUUUGUUUUCGAAUUGUCUUAAGACACAUUUAAAAUUGAUGUAAUAAAUAAGUAC